CAAGAGCAACCUCGAAAAUUGCAUAUCUUUCUACAGAAAAGCGAAUUUUUAUCAUUUCUGCGUCUCAAGAAGUUGUAUUAAGAGCCAUGGAUAUGAAUUUGAAAGGUUAAACUUUAUAGUCUACAGCUUCAGCAAAACUUACUAACUGAGAAGCGAGGACAAUCAACUGAGUCGACCAAUACUGGAUGAUUGAGGCAAAUUUUUUGUUCCAAAACUUUCCUUAUUACUUUCAACUCGCUUAUGUCAGCAUUAAACAACUAUUAAUGUGUAUGGUCUUUUGCUUCGACGUUUUCAAUUUCACGAUUUUGAGAGGCAAGUGAAAGAUAUUGGGGUCGUCCUCGCUUAGUCCCGCAAUUACAAGUAGAAAUCCAUCUAGUGAUCACUUGAUGUGGGCUAUGGUUUCAACGCGCGAAUAAUGAGAACCAAUGUGGGAUAAUCUUUUCAACUCUGAACACAAGGCCGUUGGAAUUGCCUCUAGAUUACUAAGCCGCUGAUAAAGAAUUCAUUUGGCUAUUUAUCGCUUAUAUAUUGAGAUGAAAUAGAUCGAUGAAGAAGCUCGAAAAUAAGGCCCGCUUGCUGGAUUGCACGAGAAACACAUACUAAUAUAUUCAGAGAGAAGUUGCGUUAAAGGAUUCAAGACUGGUGUUGCCUCCCACCUCUGGGGUCUUGGAUUCGAUUUGGACUCGGCAGCACAGUGACAACAUUUAUAGCUAGUGACGCUCCUGAUUAUAAGGAACAACGACACAUCCCUCUCCAGACGAGCGUGUGAAGGCAGUAAAAUGGAAGGCUUCGCAAGUGAAAAUGUUUCAUCAGGGUCAAAUAUUACUAACGGAACAAGUGUCCCGGGCCCCCAUCAGCUCUUUGUUGUUCCCACGAGCCUCAAGAUCGGAGUGACUUUCUUCGCCGUAGUGAUCUUCGUCGUGGCUCUGAUAGGAAACACCAUCAUUUUGUACAUCGUGUGUUCGUGUAGGCACAUGCGCAAUACUACCAAUAUCCUUAUCGCUAACAUGGCGGUAGCGGAUCUCUGGAUCACAAUCGACAUUCCUUAUGUCAUUAAGUGGCUCUUUGUCGGGAGAUCUUGGUUCGGUGGCGUUUUUGGUAAAAUUCUUUGCCAGUUCUGUCACUCGGCUCAAGCUGGAUCGAUAGCAUGUUCCAUAUUCACGUUGGUGUGCAUAAGCCUUGACCGUAGCCUUGCAAUAUUGUUUCCAAUGAAGAACAUCUUGACGAUCAGGAUUGUGAAAAUCAUGAUCACUGUAGUCUGGUUACUCACUCUUGCGUUCUUGAUUCCCUUGUUUAUUGUCACCGAUGUGAUUGAAUCACCCAUUGGUUAUGUUGGUUGUAACGAGGUGUGGGAAAACAUGGAACCUGUGUCAUACCGAAACUACAUCUUCGCCUUCUCUCUGUGCACUUACGCUUUUCCAUUGACCCUCAUUACUGCCAUGUAUACUUUGACAGGUCUUAGACUCUGGAACAGAAAGGUCCCAGGACAUCGAAGCUUACGCGUGCACAAGAGAAUCCAGUCUUCUACUAAACGAGCAACGGCCAUGCUCAUUACUGUUGUCGUUGUCUUCGCUAUUUGUUGGUUUCCAUUUCAAAUCCGUGAGUUGAUAGAAAGUUUUGGGUCCGGCGUUCAAAUCCAGUUGCCAUUGACAUUGUUCAUUCUCCUUCCCUGGUUUGGCUUUGCAAAUGCAGCAAUCAACCCGAUACUUUAUUUCGUGUUUUCGGAAAACUACCGCCGUGAGUUCAAGAGGACAUUUACUCGUAUGAGUCGAAGAAGACGAAGAAGCUCGUCUUCUCAAGUCAGCCGAGGAAUGACCCUUAGGACAAGAAUAUCUCUCUCGACGUCUGUCCCGCUACAGAAGCUAAGGAAUGACAGCUAUAUCCCUGCUGAUAGUCAACCCAGUCAUGAACUGUUUCCGAAACGAACUCAUCCGGACAUCAGCAAAAGUGACUCGCCGAAGGUUUGUCUUAUGCCAACUGAAGAGAACCUUGAAUCAGAAUCCGUGUGUGGGUCCAUGGAGGGAAAUACAAGCGAGAAUAUUGAGAUUGACAUCACAAUGGACAACGGGCAUUGCUGAGGAAAAGUUCAUAAACUGAAGGAAUUUUUGUCCUACGGUAUCCUAAGAAAUCGUGCACUCUGAUUCGCUGUUAGAGCGGGCGGCAUUUUUGUGUCUGACCAAGGUCCAAUUACCCUGGGAUCCAGAGGUACUUUUUCGCUUUGGGUACCUCUGGACUCGAGGAUACGGUCCGGUGACCUCAGCUACGCCUCGUGGGUACAUAACAUUUUGACGAACCGUUGGCCCCAUAUCAUGGUAAAUAGAAGAAAUACAACGCUAAACCAUCGGAGAUUUGUUAAAUUUUUUUAGGAAAAACUGUGAAGUGCCCUCGACCUUGAAUACGGACAUUCAAGACCUUCGGCACAGUUUAUCUCUAUCAGCCGGACCACCUGGACGGUAAAUAACCCGGCUCUAUAUAUCCAAAUAAUAUAUUCAUCAUUCCAAAAUUUUCUAGGAAUAUCGGUAACACGCUCCUCCCGCUUUGAAAUAUAUGGGUUAAGUGUCCGUUAAAACACGCCAUGUUCGUAUACUGUAACAGUAUUAAGUCAUAUACCCAAGCAAGGAGUUCUUACUGAAUUCAUAUUUUAAUUCGGAAAAAAUAGGCUUUGCGGCACCAACACGUGAUGGUUGCCAUGACAGAAGGCAGAAACAAUGGAAUCUGGUCGAAUCUGAUUUACAUGAGAAAGAAUUCAGUUUUCCAGAGAAAAAGACUAUUGUUGUGCCUCGUGUCAUGGCUGCCAUCUCGUGAAUGUGCAAAGCCUCUAUAGUAUAUACUUUCUUUUUCUAUUCUUUCAAUUCGCGCAUUAGUAAUAAUCAAACAACGAGUUGAGUGAUCCUGAGUUUGGGAUAAAAAAUAUAGCCUUUGUAUUCAAUCUAUAUGAAAAACAUUCAUUUUCUUAGUUUAAUAAACAGGAUGCAUUGUGGUAUAGCUUGGGUGGUAAUCAACACCAUCUCGUAUGGUGUUGAUUAUCACCCAAAGAACAAAAGAAGAACAACAAAAGAUGUUUGUGCCCAAGGUAGACCGCAAUGCAACUUGUUUGCUAUUUAGUAUAUCUAGGAUAAAUAGGAUGCAUUGUCUAGCUUGGGUACAAACAUCUUUUGUUCUUCAUGCCUCGUAUGAUGUUUUUAUACCCAAGCUAGACCACAAUGCAUCCUGUUUAUCCUAGAUAUUCUAGAAAGCACAUAAGUUGCAUUGCAGUCUAGCUUGGGUAUAAAAACAUCAUACGAGGCAUGUAGAACAAAAGAUGUUUGUGCCCAAGCUAGACGCAAUGCAUUACGAUCACUAUCUCA